CGCGAGUACUUCACAGUGACGACAAUGCGGCGCCUCCAUGGUCGCAUGGGGCAACAUGUGGCCAGGAUAUCGAGGCAGGACAUGUCCACGCUUGCCCGAUGGCAGCAGAAUUCCAUGAUGACGAUCGUGGCCAUGCCGCAACGAUCAUUUAGCACAGAUGUACCCAAGAAAGAACAUGGCUUUCGACCGCAGAUCCAUCGACUGCUCUAUUCGAGCAACACCACGCUCGAGGAAGUGUUUACAAUGCUGGCGUCCCGUGUCGCCCCAUACGACUCGAAAGGUUCGGAUGCGUUCUUCUACAAGUGUCUGCAGCACGACUCGCUCAGUCCGUCGUUCUUCCACGACGUUGUGUCGUACUUUGACCGCUUCCUUCAUGAUGACCUUGUCGGACCGAGCGACGGCGCCAUGGCAUCUGUCGUCGCUCUCUUGAUCAAGCACGGACACCUCGACCACGCCGAAUCCUCGCUUCGAGUGCGCCUGGACCGGUUUCCAAACUUGCCGCCGCAUUUUCGAGUGCACGCGCCUUUCAUGGAGCAUUACAUUGCAGUCGGUGCGUUGGAACUUGCUUGGAAGUGCUGGGAAUCAAUCAAGUCGUCGUCGACCAUGCAUUUGCCCCCCGAUACAGUCGGCCCCAUCUUGGCAUCGUUUGCAUUGGCUGCGUUGCAGCAUAACGACGAGCAUCUGUUGCGCAAGAUCAUGCAAGACCUGCAUGCAUUGCGCUAUCAAUUCUCACCCGCGGAUGCAUCAGCGUGGGAAGCUGCCUGGCACCCGCCGAGUCCUACCGCCCAACCACACAUCGCUGCGCCGAUGGGACAAUGGUCGCUCGGUCGCCAUGCCCAGCAACUGCCAGUGUGCACUCAGUGCAGGGAACCCCUCGAAAAACUGACUGUCCGUCCCGCGGAGCUGGCGCACUUGCUCGAGGUCGUGCGAGCCAUGUGCGUCGCCGCAUCGUCUUCCCGACACACGUCAAAGCAGCAACAUCAUGCCGCCGCCGAAGCCAACAAGAAGCUCACGGCACUGGCCGACUUUGAAGCGUGGCUGUCCCGACGGCAUGCACAGGUGGCCCCUGGGAAGAUGCAUUACAUUGUGGAUGGACCGAACGUGGCCUACUUGAACCAAAACUUUGAAGGCGGCGCGUUCCGCUUUGACUAUGUGGACAAGGUCAUCACCGAGUUGGAGGCCCAGGGCCACGUCGUGUCUGUCACGAUGCCAUCCAUCUACUUUAACGAAAAGUCUCUGCUCAGUGUCAAGGCGUCGACAGCCAACCGUCGGCAGGUACAUCGUCGUUUGUGUCUUGUGACUGAUAUGGGAUCGAUUAUAGCGCAAGGAAGGCAAAGUGUUUCACCGCACACGCACCAACGCGGACAAAGCUUUCCUGGACAAGUGGGAAGCCACCGACGUGGCGUUCAAAUGCCGCCGCGAAGUACACGUUGAUGAACCAAGUUCGCUGCUCACGGCUUUGUGGAUGCAACUAGGUGGCCCCAGACGACUUGUUUUGGCUGUACGCGAGCUUGUUCUUGGCAUGCCCCCCCCAACAGCACAAUGUGCGCGUCGUCACCAACGACAUCAUGCGCGACCAUAUCGUCGUGCUCACGGACCGGUAUCACAUUUCCCGCGACCUUAUCGACCGGUGGCGUGAUAACACGCUUGUCGGUGUGCGUAUCCUGGAUCGAAACCUCAAGCCCGACGGGGUUGUGGCGAGGUCGUCGUCGUACCAGUCGUCGGCUGCUUCCUCUACCAGCAGUCCGCUUCAAAUGGAGAUCCUCGACACGUUGCCGUACUCGCUAGUGGUGCAAGGGAAGGGCACCCCGAGCUAUCACGUUCCUGUUGUCAGCACCAGCUCGGCCGUCGAGUGGCUCUGUCUUACGCGAGCCGCCAAGCACCACGGAACAUAGAACAUCAGUCACUUGUCAUCAAGCCAAGAGUGUAUUCAUCGACCAUGGCGCGACUGUACAACCAUGGAUACUGUAAAUAGGAGGGAAGUUUUGAGAAAAAUAAAAUGAAAAAUACGUCGAAAUAUUGACUAAAA